CGUGUUAAUAAAACACAAGAAAUCGGCUUAUAUCAUCUCUCUAUCAGUUUGAUCAGCGAAAAGAGAGAGAGAGAGAGAGAGAGAGAUGAAUCUAAACAUGAAUUCAAUGGAAUCAGUGGUUGCUCAAAUCCAAGCUCUAUCAAGCAAUGCAUCAGACCUAUCUCAGCUUCACAACUUUCUCAAACAAUCAGAAGAGUUACUCCACUCCGACUUCACUCCCUUGCUCUCUUCUCUCCCUGAACUCGAUCCUUCUAUUCACUCCCUCGGCUUCCUCUAUAUCCUGGAGGCAUGCAUGUCAUUCUCAGUUGCAAAGGAACAACUUAAUGAACUACUUGUUUCUGUCUCAAGAUUUAUCAAUUUAUGCUCUACAGAGCAAAUCCGUUUGGCGCCCGAUAAAUUCAUUUCUGUUUGUAAAAGGUUUAAGGAUCAAGUUAUCUUGCUGGAAACUCCAAUUCGUGGUGUGGCUCCAAUGCUGACAGCUGUUCGCAAACUGCAAUCCUCCUCUGAGCAAUUAACAACAUUGCAUGCCGAUUUUCUUCUUCUUUGUAUAUUGGCGAAGUGCUAUAAAACUGGCAUCUCUGUGCUGGAGGAUGACAUAUAUGAGACUGAUCAACCACGGGACUUUUUUCUCUAUUGUUACUAUGGGGGAAUGGUUUGCAUUGGACAAAAGCAGUUUCGCAAAGCAUUGGAACUCUUACACAAUGUUGUGACUGCACCUAUGUCUACUCUAAAUGCAAUAGCAGUUGAAGCUUACAAGAAGUACAUUUUGGUUUCACUGAUUCAUCUUGGGCAGUUCUCUACCAGUUUUCGAAAGUACACUUCUUCCGUGGCUCAAAGAAACUUGAAGAACUACUCUCAGCCCUACCUGGAGUUGGCAAAUUGUUAUGGUACUGGAAAAAUAUCUGAGCUUGAAACAUUCGUUCAAACAAACAAGGAAAAGUUUGAAAGCGAUAAUAAUCUUGGAUUAGUGAUGCAAGUUGUGUCUUCUAUGUAUAAGCGCAAUAUUCAGCGGUUAACUCAAACAUACCUAACCCUCUCCCUCCAAGAUAUUGCUAACACCGUCCAGCUAAGAGGACCUAAAGAGGCAGAAAUGAAUGUGCUUCAGAUGAUUGAAGAUGGUGAGAUAUAUGCAACGAUCAAUCAGAAGGAUGGUAUGGUUAGAUUUCUGGAGGAUCCGGAGCAGUAUAAAACAUGUGGAAUGAUUGAACACAUUGAUUCAUCAAUUAAGAGAUUGAUGGUGCUAUCAAACAAGUUGACUUCUAUGGAUGAACUUAUGUCAUGUGAUCCUAUGUACCUAGCAAAGGUUGGUAGGGAGCGGCAGAGAUUUGAUUUUGAUGACUUUGACAGUGUUCCUCAGAAAUUCACCAUCUGAGGCGAGCAAAGUUCAGACUUCUGAGUAAAUAUGGCAAAUGAUGCAAAGAUAUGUUCGUUUGAAAUAUAAGCAAACUUUAUUCCAUUACGCCUCACUCCUCAAGAAAAGGAUUAGAAAAUAGGUGGGGUUAACUCCUGGUUCAAUCAGUCAGUAUCAUUUUUGUUCCCCGUGUCCUGCUUUUCAUUUUGUGUGAUCAGGUUUUACUGCUUGCUUUAGUUUUAGUUGAUCUGACAAGAAGGAAACCCUCUAGUUGCAAUGGGAGGAUCAUAUUGUUCAUCUUCUGGUGGGCGUUGUUGUUUUAGUUAACUUAUUUAAAGAAGCAAGUUUUUGAAUGGUUGGAGAUCUCCCAGUUUUGGAUUAUAACAAAAAUGUAGCCCUCUUUCUGUGA